AGAGUUGAAGUUAAAAUCUUAGAUUCAUCAGCUAACACCAAAAAAUAGAAUCAAAAUGUUCAUACAAACAAUUCAUGUUCAACAAUGGCCUUAAAAUUCUUCUUCUUCCUCUCUCAAAAAGAUGAAGAAUUGAAGUUUCAGUAAGAAAAAGAUGGCCAUGAUUAGCAUAAUUUAGUGAAGAACAAGAAGAAGCUCACUAAAAUUCUCUUCUUUUGUAUCGUCGACGCCUUUAAAGCUUUAAGGUCCACUGGUCCACGCUCUCUUCUCUGACCCACCUUUAAACCUCGAUCUCUGUUCUUCUCUUUUUCAUUACCGAAUGUUUGUAAAGCAAUCCCAAUUUGCUGUAUUGUCGAUCCCCCAUUAGUUUCCCGCCGACAGAUGAAAGGGUUUCGUUGAAUUUCAUCUUCUUCUCGGUUUCGUAAUCGAUUGAAGGGGGAGAUUCAUUCAUAGUGGCAGACCCAGAAAAAUGGGUGGUGUUACUUCGUCCAUGGCAGCGAAAUUAGCCUUCUUCCCGCCGAAUCCGCCUUCUUACAAACUUGUUACCGAUGAAUAUACGGGUCUCUUGCUUCUUAGCCCUUUUCCUCAUCGUGAAAACGUUGAGAUUCUUAAGUUGCCCACUCGUCGUGGUACUGAGAUUGUUGCUGUCUUCAUUCGUUACCCUAUGGCGACCUCGACUUUGCUAUAUUCUCAUGGAAACGCUGCUGAUCUGGGUCAGAUGUACGAGCUUUUCAUUGAAUUAAGCAUUCAUCUUCGUGUUAAUCUCAUGGGGUAUGACUAUUCAGGGUAUGGCCAAUCAUCGGGAAAGCCAACUGAGCAGAAUACAUAUGCAGAUAUUGAAGCUGUGUACAAGUGUCUUGAAGAAAGUUAUGGUAUUAAGCAGGAAGAUAUCAUUCUAUAUGGUCAAUCAGUUGGAAGUGGCCCCACUUUGGAUCUUGCAGCUCGGCUGCCUCUCUUAAGAGCUGUAAUUCUUCAUAGUCCAAUACUUUCUGGUUUAAGAGUCAUGUAUCCAGUCAAGCGUUCGUAUUGGUUCGACAUUUAUAAGAACAUUGACAAAAUUCCCUUGGUUGAUUGCCCUAUUCUUAUCAUCCACGGAACUUCAGAUGAUGUGGUUGAUUGCUCACAUGGUAAGCAACUCUGGGAACUAUGCAAAGAAAAGUAUGAACCACUGUGGAUCAAAGGAGGAAACCAUUGUGAUCUGGAGCUCUAUCCUGAGUAUAUCAAGCACCUGAAAAAGUUCAUAUCAACGGUGGAGAAAUCCCCGUCCCAAAGGUACAGUUCUAGGAAGAGCACAGACCAGAUUGAGAUACCUCGAAGGAGUGUAGAGUUUUUCGAAGUUUCGAGGAAGAGCACAGAUAGGCGAGAGAAACCAAGGCAAAGCACUGAUAGGCCUGAAAAAAUGAAGAACCAAUAUGGUAGUACAGAUAAAUUAGAAAAAGUGAGAUUGUCGGUCGACCAUAAAGAAAGGUCACGUAGGAGUGUUGAUUGUCAUGAGAAGUCAAGAAAAAGUGUCGAUCACCAGUUGGAACGAGCAAGAAAGAGUGUCGAUCGACUUGACAGAAUACACACUGGAUAAUUGAUGGGUAUAGCAAAGUUGUUUCAAGUAACGGGAAUGGGAUUUGUAAGAAUUUCACAAGCUUUUUUUUUCUUUUUCUUUUUCUUUUUCCGUUUCUAUGUAUAAUUUAUGAUCCUUCAGAUGUGUAGUUUACCUUUUGGAAGUUUUAAAUUAACAAUGUGAAAUGAGAAAAAGGAUCAGUACCAAA